ACAGGUAGAUAAUGGGUGGGUAGAGUUAACAUCACGAACAUGAUUAAUUGGUAGAUUAUGCGAGCCAACAAAUUAUUAUAUCAACGAAAGUUUAAUUUUCGAUUCAUUUUAUCUAAUUCGUCACGAGAAUAUGAUCGUCUUAGCGGUACUAAUAUUUGUGUUAAUUUGUUGUGUUUCACUGUUAUUGUACGGUAGAAAAAAUUACGGAAUCUUGGAGAAAUGUGGAAUACCAGUUGUACAGCCGACACUAUUUUUGGGCAGUGUUCCCGAUUUUCAUUCCAAGAUCCAUCAAAUUGAAGACAUAAAAAGAUUCAAAAAGUACGGACCGAUUUGGGGGGUAUACGAGGGACAGGAUCCUCAGAUUCAUAUAGCCGAUCCGGAUCUGGCUCGUUUGAUAUUUGUCAAGGACUUCGAUUAUUUCCACGAUAGAAGAUCUAUGGAUUUUGGUUCGAAUGUAUUCAACGAAAUACUCGAUUAUUUGCCAGGCAGAAAAUGGAAAACUGUUCGACAAAUGCUGACUCCUAUGCUGACUACAUCAAAGCUUAAGCUGAUGAGUCAAGUAAUCAAUGAAUCUGCAACAGAAUUCGCAGAAGAUUUAAAAAACGAAUGUGUCGAUGGGAAAGUCAAAAUUGACUGUAGAAGACGCAUGACAACAUGGUUGAUAGAUAUGUUUACUCGGGCAACGCUGGGCGUCCAAAUGGGAAAUGCUAAGGAUCCCGAAAAUGAAUUUGCCGUUGCAUUUCGUACGUUUAUGGGUGAAGAUACCGUUUUUGAUUGGAUCUACAGUUUGUCGUUGACUUUUCCAUUCCUCACCAAAUUUGCUCCAACGUUCGACAACGAACCAACGAAUUUUAUAGAGCGAAUUUUCCGUCAGAUUCUUCAUAGUCGUCGUUCAACCGGUGAAAAGAAAAACUCCGAUUUUGUAGAUAUCCUGAAUGAGCUGAUCGACCGAACGAAAACCAACGAAUACAAAGAGCUGCAAAUUACUGAAGAUACAAUCAUCUCUCAGGCGGUAAACUUUUUUCUUGGUGGCUAUGAAACGUCCGGUACCACAUCAACGGUACUGCUUUACUAUCUCGCUCGGAAUCCAAAUGUUCAACGAAAUUUACAACUUGAAAUCGAUUCAAUUUACGAGAAAACGAAAGGUAACAUCGAUCACGAUGCAAUACGAGAGGAAGAAACACCAUAUCUAACAGCAUGCAUCAACGAAUCGCUACGCUUGGGACCGCCACUCUACCGUCCGGAAAGAGUUUGCACCAAGAACUGGAGCUACGGAAACAUUAAAAUUAAACGAACCACAACGAUUUUUCUGUGCCUUUGGGCAUUGCAUCGGGACGAGUCUUAUUUUGACGAUCCGGAUGAGUUUAAACCGGAAAGAUUUUUGCCGGAAAACAAGGAUAGAAUGAACCAAUACGCGUUUGUUCCCUUCGGACUUGGCCAACGAGCUUGUAUUGGUAUUCGUUUCGCCUACGAAUCGCUGAAGUUGUUGUUCAUUCAUUUAGUACGUAAUUUUGAAGUGAAGAUGCGUGAAGAUACCAAUUUACAAUAUAAACCGGGACAGCAGGUCGUCGUCGCUUUUAAGCCGCUUUACUUAGAUCUAGUAAAUCGAAAGCAGUGAAUUUUCUCUUCAGAAAUUCGUCAAUGGCUCAAACGAAUUUCUGGAUAUUUUUAUACAGACCAGGGUCAAUACAAGUACCGGUUGCUCCAUAAGUGAAAUGUUUAUUUUUCAUCUAAAAUUAGGUUACGACAUGUGUACGAUUAAAAUUACGUUUCAAUGCUA